GUUGGCGUGAGUAUACGAUAUGAUAUGCCAAGGACAGCGUUUCACCUCUCCGGAGCUCGUGACUUGAACAACAUCUCUUCAUCAAGCGGUACUCUGCUGCAACGGUACUCACACAGGGUGUCAUGCUGGUUCCAAGCAUCCGCCCUGAUCGCUCAUAGAGCUCACAUGCACUUGACUCCUCCUGGCCGGUGCCUUCUCUGCGACCACAUGAUUCGCGACCGGACUGCAUACCCCUACCCCGCUCCUCAACACUCUGUCUCUCAUCUUGACGGCUCGCUUGCGACCCGCGAGCGUGGUUUCGACACGCCCUUCACAACACUCUUGACUCCGCGACUCGUGACUACACCCGCAGCACAUCAUUGCACGCGUACCCCCGUCCUUCUCACCAACGUGGUCUGAGCGCAGUCUACGCAAAAGGGCGCACCGAUUCAAUCAAGCUCGCUCGACAAGAUGGAUGCACAAAGCGCAAACGGCGGCACUACAGGCGCUAGUAGGCGGCCUGCGCUUGUGGAUCGGGGGAGCAGUAGCACGGCCAGCACCGGAAGCAAAAGCACAGUGGAUGGAAGCGCUGUUGGAGUGACGCGCAAUCCAUCCAUUUCCGGAGGGGCUGCACUUGCGCAAGACUAUACCAAAACGCUGCGGGAAGGACUUCCAAGUCUUUCGACGUUCGACAUGGAUUUCAGCGAUGUAGCGAUCACACAAGCUUCACCUGGCACUGCCCAUCCAAACCACGCCUCGCCCUCCUUGGCGCCAAUCACCGGCUCGUCAGGAGAAGACGCCGCAUCCCCAGACAGCUCAGUCGGCUCACCAUAUCACGGCUCACUCAAUCGCGAGCCGCGUGGAAGCGGUAGCACAGGCAUGUCGAUGGAACGCCGACCCAGCAGCGGACUCUCCAAUCCCAAAGGAUCGUAUCUGCAGCAAGGCCGAGGGCUGCGCGAGGAAGAUGGGGUGGUGACUGGCGCCAUUGCCGAGACGGGUAGAGCUGGCUCCAGUACACAUGCAGCCAUCACGCCGUGGCUCUUCCAGGAUGAACUAGUGAAGGCGGCGCCAAUCGGGCGGCAUGGCAGAGCUGCUACUGCCGACAUAGGAGCCAUUCCAGGCGCUUCUCAUCACGGUGCAUCCGCAUCGACUCUGUCUUUGAGACCUACCACGCCACCUGGGACACGCAGCCCGAUGUCUGGGAGCACUGUGUUGCCCUCUACCGCCAGCACCAGCAGUUUCCACUCGCCGGCAAACAGCUCUGUAACUCCAACGCGCAAAAGCCGCAAUCCUUUCUCCUUCCUCCGCAAGAAGAACUCUGCUAUCCUUCGAGAGACUCCGGAAGAGUGUGCCCCGCCCCCAUUGCCAAGCGCACGUGAAGGGCGCAGCAUGACAACGCCUUCUCUAGCGAGACAGCCAUCUUACCACAAUUCGAUUUUCCUAGCACGCUCUGGAAAGCCAUCAGACGUUAGUCCAGCGCAAGGCUUGGAUGACGAGCUGGCAAGUGUGGAGGCGGCUCAAGCGUCAGGCGGACGUCACGCGAGUACCAGCGGCGCAGGCAGGGAGAAGAAGAGGGUGCUCAGACGACCUCGCACGCGCGAGAGGGAGCGUAGCCGCGGUCCCGAGGAUGGCUCAACUGACGCAACUCCUGGCGGACUGGGAGCGCCCUUCGGCUUUGGCGUUGCAGGUUCGGCCGCUGGCGGUCGUGAGGUUGAGAUGUCGCUGGACACGAAUUUUGACCAGAUUGACGACAUCGUGGAUCCACGCAUGCGACAGACGUCCAUCGCAGUCGGUCCGAUGAAUGAGCAGCGUUCACCUCCUCCCGAUGCGGACGCCGCUCAUCCGGCUUCAGUAUCUGCGUCCUUGGGUCGUUCCCGCCGUCGGUCUACUUCUGUUUCGGCCACAGAGACUGGAGAGGUCAGCCGAUUCGCUCAGGCGCAAAAUGCUCAUCUCGCAGACAGGCCUAAUUUGCGCCGCUUGGGCUCGGCAGAUCCUUCCGCGACCAAUCAAUCACAUGCUGGGAGGGGACAGAGUCAGCAACGAAUCAAACUGGGCCAGCCUGGCUUGAGGCGCAUCACCCUAGCCGAAGCGAAACAGCAUUUGACCGACAAGUCCACCGGCGCUAGUGUGAGUGUUUCGAAUCCUUCGCCUCGCGAGACAACGGGCGCAGAGGUAUUUGCACCCUGGUCAGUUCCUGGAGAGGAUCCGAUGCAUCUCGUUCGAGCGGGUGGCCCGAGUAGCGGAGAUAUUCGAGAGCUUCGCAAGGACAGCACGACGUCAUCGAUCUCGCAACGCUCAGGCUACAGUGGGGUCUCUCCAAAGUCGUCCAUCACAAACCUCAAUGCAGCACGAGGGACUCAAGCUGAGACCCACCCUUGGAACAAGAACCACGUCGCCGAUCCCACGUACCGGUUCCCUCCGCCCACAAAUGGUAAUUUGCCUGGCUCGCUUUUGCCGGCCGGUGCAUUCAUCAGCGCCGAUGCACUGGGCCAGCGCAAGUCGAGUUCGAGCAGCGGCAAUAAAGCCGCCUCGACUUGGAUGGCGCCCGAUAGCUGGGCCGUACAACCAGAUCGCCUUCGCGACUACCUACGUGACGAGGAUGAUUCAUCCAACGACGAGGCAGAAGGUGACGACGUCACGACUUCUGCAGGCUCAGGAAGAAGACAGGGCGACCGAGACGCGUCCUCGGGAAGCGGAAGCAUGCUAGCAGGUCACGUCGGCGGUAGCGGGCUAUUCAACAAGCGUUCAAGCUCUCUUGAAGGCACCCAGUCGAUGUUGGACGGUGGCGCCAGACGUGGGACGCAAGAUUCCGUUUUAUCUGGCUACUCUUCUGGCCACGGAGGUGCGGACCACGAUCACGAGCUUCAACGACAACAAAGCCUGGAAAUCUUGGCGAUUGAUGACCCAGUACCACCGCGCACGCCGCACACUGCCCACACUCCUCACAGUCCAUCUCUUUCGCAAUCGACUUCUGCGUUCCACUUGCCCCUCCACCAUAUGAGACCCGCUUCGCGUGGAGGCGCGGCUCUGGCGGCUGCGGGGGGUGCAGCGGCAGCUGCUGCUGGCAAGCUUGGCCUUGGCCGGUCGAACAAGCAGGGAAAGACAAGUCGCCCCAAUACCGCGGGCUCCAUCGGUGCUAAUACGCGGGCGACUACGGUGUCCCCAACGGCCACAAUCAUGCCGACUGCGGACGACGAUACAGUCACGGCUUCUUCGUCCAGGUCUAUUCGAGGUAUUACGAAGAGACCAAGCACGCUUGCAAGCCAAAGCAUUGGUAGACCGUUCAUUAUGCGCAUCUACAAAGGAGACGGCACGCACGCUACUAUCGCGCUACCACUGUACGCCACCACAGCCGAGCUGCGAUCCAUCAUGCUUCGCAAGGUCCCAUCUGCAGGUGCAGGUGGAUAUCGAAUGUUUGUCACCGAUAAAGGGCAUGAACGGCCGCUGGGCGAAGCGGAGAAGCCCGCUAUGCUUCAGCGGCGACGUAUGGAACAGGCCGGCUACACUGAGAACGAUUCGUUGGAGGAGCUCGGCGCAGAAGAUUUGUCUUAUCUGCUCAAAUUUUCGUACCGCCCAGACAGCGUCACCAAGUUCGAUUCAGAGUCCUUUGGUAGCACAGAGGAUCGCUUCAGGUUGCUUGACCUAACCAAUCACAAUUUGGAGAUGGUGCCUAUCUUCCUGUACAGGCACGCAGACUGGAUUGGCAGCCUUGACUUGUCCGGCAACCCGAUGUCGGACUUGCCUCUGGACUUUGUCCAGCUUUGCACAAGCCUGCACACCCUUCGCCUCUCCCACCUGGCUUUGAAGAGGAUCCCGCAAAGCAUUCGCUCAAGCGAGACUCUGACCCAUCUUGACGUUUCGGACAAUCGGAUACCAGACUUGAGCCACAUCGCCCUGGACGAAAUGAGUUCCGUCACCUCGAUCAAGAUCCAGAACAAUCGACUCGUCGAGCUGCCUGGCUAUUUCAGUCGCAUUACCACCUUGCGAUACCUGAAUAUCUCAAACAACAGGUUCGAAGCGUUCCCUCAGAUCCUCUGCGAAGUGCAAGGAUUGGUGGAGCUGGACAUUUCUUUCAACGCCAUCUCGAGUAUUCCGGACGAGAUCGGAAACCUCAUCCGCCUCGAACGCUUGGUGCUCGUCGGAAAUUCGAUAGAGACGCUACCGUCCACGUUUGCAAAGCUCGUAAAUCUUCAGUCAAUCGAUGUCAGGCGCAAUAUGCUGCAGGAUGUCUCGGUCUUUUUCACGUUGCCACGGCUGCAAUCGCUGCUAUGCGAGAACAAUUCUCUCAAGGUUCUCGACGCGCACGUACUGCCCCAGCUGCGCAGCCUUAGUAUAGGCCAGAAUCCGUUGUCAAAGGCAACUCUGACCGCGCUCGAGCCUGGAGCCUUAACGUCGCUCGAUCUCUCCUCGGCGAACAUGGCCAAGUUGGAGGAGACCGUGUUUAAGAAUUUGCCGUCCCUGCAGACCUUGAUAUUGGACCGCAACCAGUUCGUCACCCUGCCGGACUCCAUUGGAGAGCUGGCCCAGUUGGACUUCCUUUCUUGCACCAACAACCUCUUGGCGGCACUGCCAGAAUCCAUCGGCAAGCUUGGCAAGCUUCGCAGACUACACUUGCACAAUAACAACCUCAAAUCUCUGCCGAACAGCAUUUGGAUGUGCAGCAGCUUGGCUUCGAUCAAUGCCAGUUCAAAUCUGCUGGAAUCUUUCCCGUCUCCUCCUCUAGGUGGUCAGAUGGAAUACGCGGGAGCAUCUAGGGGUUCCGCUAGCGGUUCCACUGGCUUGCCCGGGCCUGAUGCGGCCGCACUCGCUCAACAGUCCGGCAUGGCGCUAGACCAAGCGCGAAAAGGCUCGGGAACCUCUAUCGGGGGAACGCUUGUCGUACCGCAGACCCCAGGCGGCGCGCGGGCCGUCUUUGCAAUGGCUCAAAAGCUCAAGAAGCUCCGUCUGGGAGACAAUAGGCUCACCGAUGAUGUCUUUGGCGUGCUCGGUCUCUUGACCGAGCUCGAGAUCCUCAACUUAUCCUUCAACGAGAUCUACGAAAUCCCUGGCUUCGGACUUUCACUCAACACGCGCUUGACCGAGCUUUACCUGAGCGGCAACAAUCUCAACAGUAUUCCCGCGGACGACUUGCCACGGCUCAAGGACCUCACCAUCCUCCACUUGAACGGCAACAAGCUGCAAACGCUACCUGCCGAGCUUAAAGAGAUGCGACGACUCCACAAUCUAGACGUGGGCAACAACACGCUCAAGUAUAACAUUGCCAAUCAGCAGUACGACUGGAACUGGAACUCGAGCCCAGCACUGCGAUACCUAAACCUGUCGGGCAACAAGCGACUAGAGGUCAAAGGAGGAGGAGGAAGUGGUGGCGGCAGUGGUAGCGGUCGUGCGAAUGGGCGUGCAACUUACCGGCGCCAAGAUGCCGUGGCCUCAGACUUCCAGAGGCUUACUAACCUUCGCGUGCUAGGCUUGAUGGAUGUCACCGUCACGCUUCGCCAAGAGGAAUUGCCUGAUGGACAUGAUGACCGCCGGGUUCGCACAUCCGAAUCUCAUAUCAACGGGAUGGCAUAUGGCAUUGCUGACGCGCUUGGCAAGUCUGAACACCUGAGCAUCAACGACACGGUCUUUCCCAAAUUUCGCGGACAAGACAACGAAGGGCUGGUGGGCCUAUUCGAAGGGCGCCACCACGGACGUCAUGUUGGUAGUCGCAUUUCAAGUCAUCUCGCACAAUGGGUUGCGUAUCGUAUCCAAUACGAAAUCAAGCACUACGCAAACACUCCCGACGACGAGUCGCCGGACUCGCAGCUUGUGCCCGACGUGUUGCGUCGAGCAUUUUUGCGACUAGAGAAGGAGUACGCCGACUUGCUCAUGGUCGAGGGAAGCCGAAAGCAGAGCGAAGCUCGUGUGAUGGCUGCGCAAGAUGAUCGACGCGCCGACGCACCAGCCAUCGCUGAGUCGACACACCUCAAUCAGUGGCGCGCAGGAGCGUCCGCAGUGCUGGCCUACGUCGUUGGCAGAACGCUGCACGUUGCAAAUGUCGGCGACGCGCUGGCAGUGCUAUCGCGCAACGGUAGCGCACACCUUGUGAGCGUCAAGCACGAGCCUUUCGACCGCGAAGAGACAACCCGCAUCAGGUCGGCGGAAGGUUGGGUUUCAUUGCGAGGCCAUGUCAACGAUAUGCUCGACGUAUCGCGUUCCUUUGGAUACUAUCAUCUCUCGUCAGUCGUCAACGCUAGGCCAGCUGUGACUACCGUCCAAUUGUCGGAUUCGGACGAGUUUGUCAUCCUCGCGAACCGCACACUCUGGGAUCACGUCUCGUAUCAAACCGCAAUCGACAUUGCACGCAUGGAGCGAAGCGACGUCAUGAUAGCGGCGCAAAAGCUGCGCGACUUUGCUAUCAGCUACGGUGCAGAAGAAAGCAUCAUGGUCAUGGUCGUUGCUGUCGGAGAUCUCUUUGGCAAUCGUCAGCAGCGAAACGAAUCCACCACUUUCGAAUCAUCAAUCGACGCUUACAAAAAGGGCACACGCUCUCGAGGCGCCCGUGGAGAGGAACUGCCUGGUGAUCGUACGCUCGCUCGCCUUGAGCGCGAAGUUGCGCCUCCAAUUGGACAAGUCGCUCUCGUGUUCACCGACAUCAAGAACUCGACAUCGUUGUGGGAGACGAACGGUGGGAUGCAGUCGGCGAUGCGCAUGCACAACUACUUGCUCCGGCGCCAGCUUCGCACCAUCGGAGGGUACGAAGUCAAGACUGAAGGCGAUGCAUUCAUGGUGUCUUUCCCUUCUGUCACAGCAGCCUUGCUUUGGUGCUUCACAGUGCAGGCACAGCUACUGCGUGAGGACUGGCCUCAAGAGCUGCUAGAGUGCGAGGAUGGACGAGAGGUGCACGACUCUGAGGGGGUACUCAUUCAUCGUGGCCUGUCCGUCCGUAUGGGCAUCCACUGGGGAUUUCCGGUCUGCGAAGCCGAUCCCAUCACUAGACGUAUGGAUUACUUUGGUCCAAUGGUCAAUCGCUCUUCCCGCAUAAGCAGUGCAGCCGAUGGUGGUCAGAUCAUGGCAAGCAAAGACGUCAUCACUGAGCUCACUGCCGUGCUCGGUUCUUUCGGUGGCGACGCCGAUCAGUUGAACGACUCUGCGAGCUUGGAAGCCGCAGAAGCAGACGAAGAAGCGCUUCAACUACUCCAUCCAAAUGUCGCCCGUGACGUUGUUCUGCUGCGCAGGAUGGGUUUCGGAAUAUCCGAAGUCGGCGAGCGUAGGCUUAAAGGCCUCGAAACCCCUGAGCUGCUAUACUUGCUCUAUCCGAAGCAGUUGGAAGGCCGGCUCGCUGGUAAACCCGGUGCUAUCGCACCCCAGGUUUUCGAACCUACCCCACAGCUCCUGGACAUCGGCGAGAUCCGACAGCUCGGCAUGCUUUGCCUUCGACUCGAGGCUUUGUCGGACGGACACGUGCAUCACAGUAUAGUCAGCGAAGCUUCAGCCGAGUCGGGCGUACUAGCCAUCGAAGCAGCUCCGACAGCGGAGACAGUCUCGGACGGCGCUUUGGUACCGCAAUCAGGCUCGCUCGAUGCCGACAAGGGAGCAAUGGCCCUAUUGCCCGUCUCUGGGCGGCGGAAAGCGCUCGAGAUGCACCUUACUCUGCGACCCGAGCUGCUCAUCUACGCGAUCCGAGACGAUGCACCGGAUGCGGAACUGAUUGGCAUUAUGCAACAGCUGACCUCACGCAUCGUGAAUGCGCUCUCAACCAUAUCGCUGCGGCACUUGGCGGCUCGUCGUGACGCCAACACGAGCCUGAAGGACCUCUCGUCGCUCCUCGCACUCUUGUCCCAAAGCGCAGCGUGAAGGCCUGAUACCCUGCGUAUACAGCCGUACACCCUUCUUGCUCGCUCUGAUGCAGCCUUUUCCCAUCUUUCUGCACGCGAUGUCCAUGCUUGACUUGCUUCCUCUUGAGCAAAGCUUCUUUUCCCAUCCUUCCGCUUUGUACGCCUUCUUUGUAUUUGUGAACCGCAUACAGGUGCCCACUGCAAAUCAAUUUCACGUC